AUGAAAGUUGCAGACCGAUCUCAUUUCGACUGUCCGGACUCUCCCACCGGAAGCUUGAAAAUUGCUAGACAACAAUGCCGCAAGUAUCCCGUUAACAUACAAUGCCGUGUCGCUCGUUACCGCGGAUGGUGGUGCACCAGUCGUGAUCAUGAUGAUUAGGACUGCUCGCUGAGCUACCCGCACCACCUGGACUGCAGUUGUUAGAAUGGACUCAAGGGGUCACCAUGGGAUUAUCAAAUUCUUUGUUAGUCUGGAAGUCGACGACAGCUGUUUCAGUCUGAAGGCCAAUACAUCGCAAAACAAUUUCAAUCCCUUUUCAUGAAGUGUAGUUGCUCGCAAAAUUAUCUGCGAAGGCUCUCUUUAGUUGGCAGUGCGUGUGGACAUCGCGAUGUACUCCCUUGCAGUUACAAAUAAAAUGAUGAUAACCGGUAUCAA